UCCGGAAGUGGAGAAAAACAUGGUUGCUAGUUGAAGGUCGACCAUAACCCGUUAUCUUUAUUUUCAUCCCUUGGGCGUCCAGUACUGUUCACUGCUCAUCAAAAUGGCAGCACAUCCUCUUUCCACCAGUAAAAAGAGCUCAAGAUCUGAACUUACUAAAGAUGACAUUGGCCACCAGGCAAGAUUUUUGUUGAACAACUUUAUUCAUGAACGCAUUCAACAGGAUGUUGCAGAUCAAGUACCAGCCACAGAUGACUUACAGGAACCAGGAACCCCAACAGGGCCUCCAAUGGAACACAUUCGUGAGAUUGGUCGAGCUCUUCGCUGUAUUGGAGAUGAACUAGAUCGCAAUGAAAAUAUACAAAAUCUCUGUACAAGAGUUCCACCAGAUGCUCCACAUCAAACUUUCCUAAAUGUUGCCAAGAGUUUCUUCUCUGACGGUGUAUACAAUUGGGGCCGAGUGGGAUCUCUCUUUUAUUUUGCUUACAGAAUGGCUUUAAAGGCUUUAGACAAAAUAGCCCUGAUACGAGCAAUUGUCAAUUGGGUUGUAAAUUUUAUCAUAGAAAAUGUUGCCCCAUGGAUAAUUGAGAGAGGAGGAUGGGAGGCCAUUGUGGAGUAUUUCGGAACACCGUUUAGCCAGGUGAUGUCAGUGUUUGCGUUGGGUGUGGCCCUCAGUGCUGGUGUCUACCUGUACAAGACAGGUCAUUGAGAGAACCAGAGAUAUUAGUGAGAACUGUGCAAUGAUGGGCGCCGCCUCGUCUCCUGAUCAAGGUGGCGUCCUACACUCAGAAGACAUGUAACUUGUGUCAGUGGAAGUACCUCUGUUGAGAGACAUAAUGACUACAACAAUCACUACUUAGUCUUACUUACUGUUGGAUACACAUUGUAACACUUGUUACUGAUUGACAGGUUAUAAAAUAUGUUACCUGUUGAUGGAUAACUGGUAAAAAUUGUUAUUUAUUGAUGGGUGUAUGGUAACUCUUUACUUAUUAAUCAAUAUUUGAUGUAACAAUUGUUACAUAUUGACAGACAUGUGAUGACAUAAAAAUUACUUUGAUGUAAUAAAUGAUACUUAUUGUCAGAUAUAUGUAACUAAUGUUACACAAUUCAAUGUAUCAUGUAACAGCUGGUAUAUUAAUCUGUAGUGUACUAGCUGGAGAAUUGACCUACUUAAGUUAUUAGCAUGAACAUUUUCUUGUUACUAAGUUCUGAUGUUGUAGACAAGCUGGCAUCUAUGGAAUUUGUUUACAUAGAAAGUUAAAAUCAUUGUUUCCAUUUCCAUGUCAUAAAAUCUAAUUUUUACUCCAGAAGAAUAAAAAAAUCUUUCAAGAUAUGAUGUGAGUAAGAAAUUGUUUUAAAACUUUUAUUGUCAUAGAUUUAUAGCCAAUCAACAUAUGGAAGACAUUUUUCAUCUUGCAUAACAUCAGUAGACUUUUUUGUGGGACUCCAUUGAAAGUAAACCUUGAAGUAUUCAUUCAUCUGUGAAAAACUUAAGUUUGAGUCCAAGACCUAUAAGACUACUGUGUUGUUUUCUCAUGAUUAAUACAUCCCUGUGUUGCAGGGGAUCAUUCUUUUUUCCUGUUAGUUGUAUUACAGGGGACCAUUCAUUAUUCCACUGGGUAUAUAAUGCUGAGGUCAUCAAUCAUUUCCUUAUUCCUCUCCGUGUAACUGAUGGGGGCCAUUCAUCAUUCCUCAAGCAGACUGCUACAGAGUAUUUGUUAGUCUUCUUAUUCCUGGUUGCACUGCUCAAGGGAUCAUUCAUUAUUUCAUUAUUCCUCACAUGCACUACUUGAGAGAUCCUACAUUAUUUCGUUUUCCUCACAGUUGUACUGUUGAGGACCAUUUUUUAUCCAGUAGAAAGUAUUACAUGUGUUCUCUUAUUUGUUAUGAUUAUUUUUUUAAUGUACAUAGUCUUGGACUAAAUUAUCAGAUUUGUCUACAUUUGUAUAUGAUUUAGUUCUGAUGCAUAGUUUAUGAUAAGGUCUGAAAAAAAGGUGACUGAAGGUUCUUUAAAUACAUUUAAUAAAUUAAUCAGAUUGAAUGAAUGCCAUAAAUUAUUUUGAAAAAGAUAAUUUAGUUGAGAAACUCCAACUGUUUACAUGUCAAUAAAAGUCUAAGUGUCUUAAGUUACUGGAGGACUUAAAAUAUGCUAAAAAGUAGUGACUUUCAAUUCACUACUGUUUUUUGAAUUAUUGAUUAUGGUGAAAAUAGUGCUAACUUUGAUUUGUUUCAUUUAAUGACAAAGUGAUACCUACUCUAAUGGCUGCUUUCACCUCUGUAUUACAAUUAAAAAGGUGUCAAGCUGGUACAUAUGCAUACUAGAAACCAAAUGUCUAGAGUGACUACUAGCUUCUAAGUUAAAUGCUAUACAAUAAGAAUGAUAUCAGUACUAAUGUAAAAUAUUGACACUUGAGGGUAUUCUGGUAGUGUUGCGUAGCUCCUAUGUCCCUUUGUACUGACUGAUUUUUAUUUUAUUACAAUGUAUUGGUGGUACUAUUUACUUUAUAGAUAACUUUCUGGAUGAUUACUGCAAAGCAGUAUAAAUGAAUGUAGUGUUGUUGGUGAAACAAUCUUAUGUACAUUUGGCCUACAGAUCCUACACCAUGGUGUAUCAUAACGGUGAUCUUUGCACUGUAGUGUAUCUUGGUCUAAUAGAGUGAACGAUUGGAUUAGGUUAAAUGUUACAUACAGAUAAAAAUUACGGCCAGUUUGUAAACAUGUGAUUCAUUCCAGCCUUCCCCAAUGUUAACAAUUAGUUACCGGGAGUUCUGUUAAUGUAUUAUACAUCAGCAGAAGGCAUUGUAAUUGGUUCAAGUAGAUUAUAAAUCAACUAUUACUGAAAGUACAAGUUAUAUAAAUCAGCCACUGUCAUACUAUGCUCAUCGCCACACACACCAAUGUGUAACUCAUGUUCAUGUUAUUAUGUUGUUUUUGAUUCAUUUGUGUUUGAGUUGUGAAAUGCAAAAAUGUGCUUGUAUUUUCCGUUUGAAAUGAACAUGUAAGUCAUAUAUACACAUUGUAUAUAUUUGCUAGUAUUUUCUAAUCGAAAUAUGAAUAUGGAAAUGAAUGCUGCUAAGUCAAAUAGAAUGUGACUUUUUUUUUUAUUUGUGCCCAUUUUGAAGUUUAAGAUUUAGAGAACAUGGUGGUGAAACAGACAUUUAUGUUUGUUCUGGUUUUAUACAAUACUUGUGUAGUACACAUAGAAAUCUGCUUCAUUGAUAUCCCCAGUUCUGAGGAGCUGCUUUCCAGGUUAGAGGAGGGUCAGGAAGAUUUGAUAAACAUUCUCUCACCAAGUUUGCAGGCAUCCUCCUUCAGUAAGGUACCAGCCAUCACCUUCUCCACGUUUAUAUGGGAAUCUUCAAAAGAUCUGUUUGCUGGUCGUGCAAAAAUGUGGGAAUUGUUUGUCUCAUGCAAACUUGAAAAUGUUAACUCUCAAACUAACAAUAAAAAAUGAUAUAUCCCUUAAAAAAUGGUUCCAAAAUUACGUGCAAGGAAUUUUCAAGUUCAUGUUGAGUGAAUUUUACUGAAACAGUUUUUUUAUUUGGAUAGAUAUUUCAAUUUCUUCUCAGUUUUUACAUGGUCAGCAAUUCCUGCUCACUGAUAGAUUGUAAGGUCUGAGUGAUGUGUUGCUAUUUUAACGAUUUAUACUCACUGAUAGAUUGUUAGGUCCGAGUGAUGUGUUGCUAUUUUAACGAUUUAUACUCACUGAUAGAUUGUUAGGUCUGUUGCUACAUGUAAGUUUGUAGCACUAUGUAAAUAGCAGUUAGCGCUCUUUGACAGAGAUCAUUAUGUUUAUCACAUGUUCACUGUUUUGCUUACUUUAUUUUCAUUCAUUUAAAAAUGAAAAUAGCACUGCUGUUAAAGUAUCUUCAAGUAUAAAAUAUUUCUAUGUUUUCAUCAGGAUCUUGAAAUUUGAGAAUGAUCCUGAAAUUAGACUUUGUUUUUAUAUAGUAUUAUAUUAUAUAUCCCGGUUUUCAUUCUGCUUUCGUGAUUCUUGGAACCUUGUAAAAAUGGAAUUAUCACAUUUCAGUUCAAUACAAUUAAGUGUAAAUGUUACAUACAGUCAAUGUGUCAUGUGUUAUCUCCCUUGCGAUAUGAUUCAGAAUUACCGUAGUGUUAUCAAUGUACACACUCCUGUGUAUCCUCUAUGGGUCAUUAGUCAUUUAGCCAAGUCAGAUUUAUCAUUCACAAAUGACAUUUGACAGGUUUUUAGGAAAUAACUCUUUUGAAAAUGCAAUAUACAUUACAGUAAUGUGGCAUAUACCCUUAAGUCUUGAUACUGUCCGAGCAGUCAAUGUUACAUGUGAAAUUUCCAAGGUAUAUACAAUUAUCGAAUGAGAUAUUUGAAGGUUAUAUAGAUUGACUCUCUUUCUUUAGUAUAUGUGUAGCCAAUCAAAACGAGCUGAAAAUUACAAAACAUAAACAUUUGUAUUUUGUAUAUAAUUUGUGACAAAAUUGUCUGCUUUCAUCAUCAUCUGAUUUAUAUCAUUUUGAACUCAGAAUGUACAGUCAAUGAAAAAUAUCAUGAAAUUGAUUUAACUCUCUUGUACAUGUGCCAUCAUAAUUUUUCGAUUGAUAAAAAGUGAUCUUCACAGGA